AUGGACACUCAAACUGUGGAUGUAGAUAAUAUUAUUGACAGAUUAUUGGAAGUAAGAGGCUCCAAACCUGGCCAACAAGUGGAUCUAGAAGAACAUGAAAUUAGGUAUCUUUGUUCAAAGGCAAGAUCUAUAUUUAUUAAACAACCAAUCCUACUAGAAUUAGAGGCCCCCAUUAAGAUAUGCGGUGAUAUCCAUGGACAAUACUAUGAUCUAUUAAGACUAUUUGAAUACGGUGGUUUCCCACCUGAAUCAAACUACUUAUUCCUAGGUGACUACGUCGAUCGUGGGAAGCAAUCCUUGGAGACAAUCUGUCUAUUAUUGGCCUAUAAGAUUAAAUAUCCGGAAAAUUUCUUUAUCUUAAGAGGUAACCAUGAAUGUGCGUCCAUUAAUAGAAUAUAUGGGUUCUAUGACGAAUGUAAAAGACGUUAUAAUAUUAAACUAUGGAAGACUUUUACAGAUUGUUUCAAUUGUUUACCUAUUGCCGCUAUUAUUGAUGAAAAAAUUUUUUGUAUGCAUGGUGGUUUAUCACCGGAUUUGAAUAGUAUGGAACAAAUUAGAAGAGUUAUGAGACCAACAGAUAUCCCUGACGUCGGUUUAUUAUGUGAUUUGUUAUGGUCAGAUCCAGAUAAAGAUAUCGUCGGUUGGUCGGAAAAUGAUAGAGGUGUUUCAUUUACUUUCGGGCCUGAUGUAGUAAAUAGAUUUUUACAAAAACAAGACAUGGAACUAAUUUGUAGAGCUCAUCAAGUUGUUGAAGAUGGUUAUGAAUUCUUUUCAAAGAGACAAUUGGUAACAUUAUUUAGUGCACCAAACUACUGUGGUGAAUUCGAUAAUGCUGGUGCUAUGAUGUCAGUUGAUGAAAGUUUGUUAUGUUCUUUCCAGAUUCUAAAACCUGCACAAAAGAGUCUACCAAGACAAACAGGUGGUAGAAAGAAGAAAUAA